AUGCGAAUCCUCAAGGAAAUAUAGAAAACAAGCCUGGUUGAAGGCUGGUAAUAAUUCCAAAGCCCAACAGCUAAUUUUCUGUAUCCUUCCAAACACGGGCCGUUACGCAGAAAUUAAACGUGUUGGCGACACAGUUAUUGGUGUUGCAACAACAAUGUAUCCAAGAUAAGCAUACUCAAAAGCCAAAAAAGCAACUCUGUGGGAACGUUUGUCUAAAGAUUAACGUCAAUGAACUCAUUCCUUGAUCACAUACUGAUUCCAUUUAUAUCGGAUAAACCCACUAUUUUGGUAGGUGCGGGUGUGUAUCAUCCUGCACCUGGACCUGGUAAUUUUAUUUUUUCGUCAAAUGAAUUAUUUUUGAUGUAUUUUUUUCUCGCAUCUCUUUAGACAAUAGCAACGAAUAUCGUUUUGUUCUAAUAAUUUAUAUACUUUCCAAACUCUGACUUUAACAAUAUCAUGAAAUGUUAUCUAUUUUAAUACUUAAAAGAAUCUUUUGCUGAUAACUGAAUAAAUUUAGUCCAAUUGUUG